UCAAAACAUCCUAAAUUUCCUAUUACUUUUCUACUUUCAACAUUUUCAUUGAUACCGUAAAAUGAACGAAUAAUUUCAAUGUUUGCGAUUUUUGGCUUUUUUUACAGAUGACUUGUUUAUUGAAAAAGAGGAUAAGAUGACUAUGCUUGUGCCGCUAAAAAACCUAACUUUUCCGUUAACUGACACAGCAACGGUCAUACAAUUGGAACAUUGUGUUCGAAGGGAUGAUAAAACAAGACUUAAAUACAUCAAAUUCCUCCGCCGCAUCAAAGGUCCCGAUGAAGACAUUGAAAACACCUUCAGUAAGAUUUGCACCGAUGAAGCAAUUUUUCGAAAGUUCAGUUGGUCAGCCGUGAGAUCAAGCGACCCUAUGUCUCAGCGAGAAUCGGUUAAAGAUUAUCUGCUCUUCUCCGAGUGUAUGUUGGAUGCUUGGAGCGAGCAAGGAUUGGAUGAGCUUGAUAUAGCCGAAGCCAUGAAAAACGUCGUGAAGCGCAUUCAUGUUCGAAACAAUGUUCGGCGGUUUCGGCAGAGCAAAAGACACUCUCCUAGUAGAGCAAGAAAAUAGAACUGUUUAUGUUUUAUAUUCUCAGAUUGAUUUACUACUAAAAUGAACAGCUAUAGUUAGAAUUGAAUCAUAGUUUUUUUUUUAAUUCAUGUACCUCAAGACUAACUCUAGAAAAAAUAUAAAAUUGUCACUAAUUAUUACCUUUUUAUAUGUUCUAUUCGUAGUUAAACAAGUUGCCAAACUUCGCAACAGGUUGCAAUGCUUGAUAAGGAUGAGUUCCAGGCACACUGACCCGAUGGACCAGCGGAAGCUAAAACAACAAAUUCAGGAAAUAAAUCACAAGCUAAGCAUGCUUGUGGCAGAAUUACCGGAGAGUCUAGAUAGCGACGACGAGUCAGAGCUACAAAUCAAAGAUGAAUCAACGACGAAGGUAAGGGUUGAUGGAUUCAAUUUUCCACUAAAUUCGAUGAUCGACAUUGAGCGGCUUGAGGAAGCUGUGCGGAACGAUUCGAGUGUACGAGAUCAAUAUGUUCAUUACAUCUCAAGCAACAAGCCACCAUCGAUGGAUAUAGUAAACUUCUUUUCCCGGCUUUUCACUGACGAAGCGUUAAUAAGCUACAACUACUCUGGUGUAAACAAUAUCGGUGAACAAAAAAUGCCCAUGAGGAACUAUAGCAUUUUUACCGAUUGCAUGAUUGAUCCUUUACGGGUAAUAGUCAAAACAGGAGGAUGCCUGAAAAACUCCUCAGAUGAUGACGAUUGUGCAGUUUCCAAUGGAGGGCGGAAGUAUAUGUUCAUCAUUAGUCGUAAGGGCGGAAUUCUACUGGUGCAUGAAAACUACAUCUAUCGUUCAAAUCUGCGUCGUCAGGGCCGUCAUAAAAAUAUUCUCUACUGGGAGUGCUCUCAGAAUAGAGCGGGAAAAUGUCGCGGAAGAGUAAAGAGCGUGGGAGAUUACUUAUACAUCUCGAACAGUAACAUUCAACACAACCACGAACCCGAAAUGCAGCGAAUUUCCAGUGCAAGGCUGAGUGGUCACCUGUCUUUUCGUACUUUUGAUUCACUAUGAAAAAAAGAUAAUUUCAAUACAUCUAAUUUGAGACCAAUACAUGUGCUUAUUUGAAUGACUUUCUUCGUCUUCUUUUGAAGUCAAAGUAUGCAUUACAUGAUCAUUCUGAAGUCUAAUAUUUCGAAUAUUUUUAGAUCAAUCAACACAACUUUUGAUUUACAUUAAAAGGUUAUGGCAAUCAAGAAGACGAUCAACUGUCACGCACAUGCCAUUUUUUGUGAGCUUGUUUCUGAUUAGAAAAAAAAACGACAAAAUACUUUGUUAAAUUGUUACAAAGAAAAUAGAAAAAGAUGGAAUAAAAAUGAUUCAAAUAG